AUGCUACGUGGCAUAAAGAAGAAGCAGCAGCAGCAGCAACACACAAAAAAAAAACCUGUAAAAAUGCAGGUUAGCGUUUCUUUGCUCAGCAGUGCGCGAGUUAAGUUCAAUUAUGGAGCGCCACAAAGUCAAGAGGAAAAUAAUAUAAAGAGCCAAGCGAUUGGCGCCUUUCAACCGGAGUUUGUGGAAAGCAUUUCGAAUGUGUCGGUGGCUGUGGGUCGCGAUGCAACCUUCACGUGUCACGUGCGUCAUUUGGGUGGCUAUCGCGUGGGUUGGCUCAAAGCGGAUACCAAAGCCAUUCAGGCCAUACACGAGAAUGUAAUCACACAUAAUCCGCGCGUCACUGUCAGCCAUCUGGAUCAGAAUACCUGGAAUUUGCAUAUUAAGUCCGUUUCCGAGGAGGAUCGCGGUGGCUACAUGUGCCAAUUAAAUACGGAUCCCAUGAAGAGUCAGAUUGGUUUCCUGGACGUUGUUAUACCGCCCGAUUUUAUAAGCGAGGACACUUCAUCGGAUGUCAUUGUGCCCGAGGGCAGUUCAGUGCGCUUAACUUGUCGCGCACGCGGCUAUCCCGAACCGAUUGUCACCUGGCGACGCGAGGAUGGCGGCGAGAUCGUCAUCAAGGACAAUGCAGGCACCAAGACGCUGGUGUCCUCAUAUCGUGGCGAAGUGCUGAAGCUGACGAAAAUCUCACGCAAUGAGAUGGGCUCGUAUCUGUGCAUUGCCUCGAACGGAGUGCCCCCAUCGGUUUCCAAGCGCAUCUCGCUCAGCAUACACUUCCAUCCCGUCAUACAAGUGCCGAAUCAAUUAGUCGGUGCACCGCUUGGCACUGAUGUCCAAAUCGAGUGUCACGUCGAAGCUUCGCCCAAAUCAAUUAACUACUGGAUUAAGGAUACCGGCGAGAUGAUUGUCUCUUCGUUGAAAUAUCAUGUGCAGGAAAAGUCGCAGUCGCUGUACGAGACGCAGAUGUCGAUGAUUGUGCGUAAAUUUCAGCGGGACGAUGUUGGCUCCUAUCGCUGCAUAGCGAAGAAUUCACUGGGCGAGGUUGACAGCAGCAUCCGGCUCUAUGAAAUCCCCGGACCGAAUCGUAAAAAUCCCUCAAACAGCAAAGGAAAUGGCAGCGGCGGCGUCGGCAGCGCUGCCGGCAACAGCGACACGGAUGCCAAUGACAUUUUAAAAUUGAAACAACAAGUUAAAGUUCCCUACCAGCAGCAGCCGGACCGACGAGGAGGCUCUCACGCUCGGCCGAGGAUUUCGAGGAUGGCGACUUUGGCGGCCUGCCGCCGUUUAUCGCCACAACCAUUACUACAACAGCGGCGGCGGCGCGCGUCGGCAAUAAGCCGCUCAGCACAUAAGCCAGAGCUGGAGCUGGAGGUGGAGCUGGGCUGCAAACAGCAGGCGGUGCAACAGGCGCGGCGGCGGGCGCGCGGUGUUAAACAGCAUUGGAUCAGAAUGGUGGGUGGCUUGGCUGGCGGCGUUGGCGGAGGCUCUGCCAAUGGCAAUACGGAAGUGCGCGGCCCCAUGGACAACAACGGGCGUGCGGCGAGCUCCGGCGGUGCGCCAAUGCGGCAAUGGCUGCGCCACCAACACCACCAAAGCUUCUACUAUCAGGAGCAGCAGCAGCGUCAAUGGCCCUGGUGGUACCAGCACCUAGCGCGCCUCAGUCGCCUCUGCCCCAGUCUGGGGCUCUGCCUAUGGCAAUCCCUCUCCCUACGCCACUGUCGACAGCCGCUCUUAAUGGGUUUGUCCGGCUUAGUUGCGGCGCUCAGUCUGUUAUAA